UUAGUUCCACUUGAUCCACCUUGACUGAGUGGGUCAUCUCGCUGUAGUCCUCCUGUGGCACUGAACAGAAUAAACCAUGCAUUUGUACAGGGCGACUUUACAGAGGUUUUGUCCUCUGGUCAGAUCCUCCAUCACACAGCGUGUAAUCUUACACAGGGACGUCGUUCCUCGGAGGCUCAUGUCAUCGGUUCCUGGUGGCACGGGAGAAAAUCUGGUUUAUCUAGUAUUGUGUGGUGGAGCUUUUGCUGGCGCUCUGACUUAUGCGUACAGGACGGUAACUACAGACAGCGCUCGUUUUACCGAUCGCAUUACGGAGAUCGGGGAACGACCUAAGAGCGAGUGGAAACCCAAACAAUGGCCACCAAAGAAUGCUGAGGAGGCAGAUGAGGUGGCAGAGGAAGUCAUCGAGGUUGCAGCCGCAGAAGAGGCAGAGCCGACGCCCGUGGAGCUUGUCGCUGAAGUUAAAGCAGAGGAACCGACCUCCUUGGUGGAGAAGGCUGCUGAGGCGGUUGCCGAGGCGGCGGAGGUGGUUGCCGAGGUGGCGGGCGUCGUCGAGGAGACUGCUGAAGAGGUGGCAGCAGUGGCUCACGAGGUGGAAAAGAUAGCAGAAGAGGUAGAAGCAGUAGCCAAGGAGCUGGAAACUCAUCCGCUUCCUGUUGUGGAGGAAGCAACUGCUGAGAUCACUGAGAGCGGUACGGAAGCAGCAUCACAGGAGGAGGCGGUUACGGAGUCAUGAGUGGCUUUAUGUUAAACACAAACACACACACACAGUUUAAAUGGAGUAUAGCGAGGACCUGGAGAAGAAGAAAAGCCUCCUAAAUAGUUACGACACUUUGCAAUACAAACACUAGAUACAAUUGCUUAUUUACCAACAUAGAUGCACCUCCAAGAUGCAGUUAUACAGAGUUUUGUCCUUAUUUAUUACAGAUGGAGAGAAAUCUUUACCAAGUGUCUUUACUGUAUCAUAGUUAUAUUUUGACCUAAAGUGAAACUCCACCAAGGACAAAUUUCCUUUACUUUAUAACUAUAAAUUCAUUCAUUCAUUCAUCUUCUACCACUUAUCCGAACUACCUCGGGUCACGGGGAGCCUGUGCCUAUCUCAGGCAUCAUCGGGCAUCAAGGCAGGAUACACCCUGGACGGAGUGCCAACCCAUCGCAGGGCACACACACACACACUCUCAUUCACUCACACACUCACACACUACGGACAAUUUUCCAGAGAUGCCAAUCAACCUACCAUGCAUGUCUUUCGGCCGGGGGAGGAAACCGGAGUACCCGGAGGAAACCCCCGAGGCACGGGGAGAACAUGCAAACUCCACACACACAAGGUGGAGGCAUAACUAUAAAUUAACGUAAUUUAUUUCCUAAUGAAAUCUAUUAAAAGAGUGAUGCAGCAGCACUUUAGUCUGGCUCAGCAUCUCAUCUCAUCCUCUUUGUACUCUGCUCAUGAUAGUACUACAAUGAACACCUCCGCACUCGUCGCCUCACAGACGACGGCUCAGUAGCUGAGUCGAGUCGCUGCCGUACCUCGUGAACUUCAUUCACACUGUAUCCGUUAAUUCUGUUACCGGUUUUCUUAUUAACAUGACGUUGAACGUCAGUAGAAAAUGAUUCUUUUUCGAAAAUGAAUCCUAUUAUUAUCCAGUGUGUUCGAGAGCGGGUGGAGUUUCCCUUUACGUUUUUUGCAGUUAAUAAAGUUAACGUUAGUUUCUUGUAUAUUUCAUUUGACGAUCUCGAAAUAUGCUGGGAAUAUUCCUUAAACAAAAUGAAAUCAAUAUUUUUUUAUUCUUACUGUUCAGAACUUUAGGUACCUAUGUUUAUUUCUAUCUUUUUAAACCACAUCAUGCACAAUACCUCUAAAUAACAAAGUAUGCUUAUAUCAGGAACCUUUGAAACCACUGUGGACUUCGUGCUUCCUGUAAAAUGUGACCAAAAAAAAAAAAAUCUAGCCAGCAGACUUUCUCUCGUCAACCGUGCCUUAUCCUUGGCCGUACUUUGUCCUUUGCCCUUUCUCCUUCUCCACUGACGCUUAAACUCAUCCUAAACCUGAUCCUAACGCUAACCUUUAACCUGCACUCUUCACUUCUCAUUAAAUGCUUGCAAAACAGCACGCUUUCUACGCGCACUUUUACGGUUGUUGUAUCGUCUUUGGUCUCGUAUUGUAAAUUUUUGUCAUACGUUGUCUAAUAUAUUAUAGCUUUUCUGCCAGAUAUCACUCGGUUGUACACGCCUAUGUCAUACUGUGAAAAUCAAACGGCAUAAAAUUGAACCUUUUGCUCGUAUGAACCAUAAACUAUAAGCUGUUAGCUGUGUGUGUGAUUGUGUGGUGUUUUUUUUUCCCUUUUGUUUGAAUAUGCAUAUACACAACCUGUAAUAUUACACUGUAAAAAAAAUUGUAUGCAAGUCAUAAUAUUAACAACAAGCCAAAGUAUUUCUGUCUUUCGUACAGGUAUCUGAGUCAUGUACUCAGAUUGGUCAAGGGAACUCAAACGAUUAAUAAAAUGUUCCUAACUCUA